AUGGUGGUGAAGAGCGACCGCACUGAGCCCUUGGAUCCUCCAAAGGCAGCUGCGAAGGCGGAGCCCGAAACAACGGCCUCCUCGCCCUCCGCUGCCGAUCCUGACGAUGGAGUUGGCGACGGGCCAGAAGCUGCACCCGUGGUCGAGGAGGACACGCGCACGGCAGCCAGCAAUGCGCCCGUUGGCGAUGUGAAUUUCGAAGACGAUGAGGAGCAGGACUCCAGUCCUACCAAAGAGCCACCGGCACCAGCAGAGCCUGCCCCGGCUCCGCCUCCUGCCAACGAUGCCGCGCCUCCUUCGAACGGGGAGAUCGGCAUCGGCAGCCAGGUGGAGAUCAAGGGCUUGAAGAGCAAACCGGAACUCAACGGCCGCCGUGCCACAGCCGGCCUCUGGUGCAGAGCAAGCGGGGAGCAGGUUUUGCAGUGGUGUUUUCAGGAGGAGUCAGUCAUGUACUUGUCCUCGAUGAUGCAAGGCAAGCAACAGCUCCAGAUCUCUCAGGUGUCAGCAUGCUGUCAGCAGGGCCGAAUGCAAUGUGAUCCAGCAGGGUCGAUGCGGUGUGCUGCUUUAGCUGUCACCCUCCCUUGA